CAUGUUCUCUUUUUUUUCCAGAUGGCUUUUGCAUUGAGAAGUUCUCUAAUGCUCCCAGCUCAAGUCUCAUCAUUCUUUGCCACCCGGAUGAUGAGUGCAGCUGCUGCUGCUACAACACCUCGAAUGAAGAAGUUUGCCAUCUACAGGUGGGAUCCUGACAAGCCAGGGGACAAGCCACAUUUGAAGACAUAUGAGGUAGACUUGAAUGACUGUGGCCCAAUGGUCCUUGAUGCAUUGAUCAAAAUAAAAAAUGAGAUGGAUGCAACACUGACAUUCCGACGAUCCUGUCGAGAGGGGAUCUGCGGCUCCUGUGCUAUGAACAUUGGUGGCUCAAAUACCCUUGCAUGCAUAAGCAAAAUUGAUGAAAACACAGGGAAGACAGCCAAAAUCUAUCCAUUACCCCACCUUUACAUCAUCAAAGACCUGGUUCCUGAUAUGACUAACUUUUAUGAGCAAUACAAGUCCAUUGAACCCUGGCUACAGCGCAAGGACAAUCAGUUUGGGAAGGAGUUCCUUCAGAGUGUCAGUGAUCGCAAGAAACUGGAUGGCUUGUAUGAAUGCAUUCUGUGUGCAUGCUGCAGCACCAGCUGCCCUGCUUAUUGGUGGAAUGGGGAUAAAUAUUUGGGUCCAGCUGUACUAAUGCAGGCAUAUCGCUGGAUGAUUGAUUCUCGAGAUGAUGCUCUCGAGAAAAGGCUAGAUCAGAUGAAGGAUCCCUUCUCAGUCUUCAAAUGCCACACCAUUAUGAAUUGCACCAAAACCUGCCCAAAGGGAUUGAAUCCUGGGAAAGCAAUUGCAGAAGUGAAGAAGCUUGUGGCUGGCAUUGCCCAGAAGGGUCAUCCAGAAAUAGACCCAAAGGGACUGUAUGCAUGAUCUAGCUUGGAACAUGGCUUGGUAUUCUUGUAGAGAACUUUAUUUCGUGAAUUCUUCACUCAUUGCUUUCUGUUCAAGGUGUGAUUCUGAUUUAUGGAAAAAAUCAUGUUUCAUUGUAAAAUAAAGUACUAGUCUACAUCAA